AUGCCGGCUUCCAUAAACUACCUCGUGACCGGUGCUGGCAGGGGCAUCGGUAGAGGACUGGUACGGAAUCUCCUCACACGACCUGGAAAUCGGGUCUUCCUCUUAGACAACAACGAAAGUGAGCUGCAGAAUACUCUUUCGCUCGCAUCAACAUGGACGCAGUCACUGGAUACCAACAGGAGUUCUUACAAGGGAAAAGUCGUUGACUUGAGCAACCGCGAUGAGAUCAAAACUGUCGUCCGCGAGGUGAAUGAGUUCUUUGGCGGCAGUCUGCAUGCACUUAUCAACAAUGCUUUUGCUACUCCACACACAUGGAGAGAUGACAAGGGAAUGGAAGACGAUCUCGAUUCAGACGAAAUCAUGGAUCAAUGGGAUCUGAAAAUCGCUGUUGGGUUGACUGCACCAUUCCUUCUCUCGAGGCUUUGCGUACCCAUGCUCAAACGCAAGGACGAAAGCUCAAGUGCCGGGUGCAUCAUCAACAUCUCCUCUACUCGGGCCAAACAGGCCGAGGACAAUCACGAAGCCUAUAGCGCCGCCAAAGGAGGGAUUUUAGGCCUCAAUCAGAGCAUGGCAAUCAGUCUAGGACAUAGACACAAUAUCCGCGUCAACGCCAUCAUCCCUGGAUGGAUCAAUGUCGAAAAUGAGAAUAAAGCAGCGGAUGAGGUAUCGACUAAGUGGGAAGAUGGUAUGACAGAGCAAGACCACUCAUGGCACCCUGCGGGUCGGGUUGGGAGGGUUGAGGAUAUCUACAAAGCAGUCAAAUUCCUGGUCGAGUCCGACUUCGUCACUGGAGAAGAAAUUGUGGUAGACGGAGGCGUAACGCGGAAGAUGUACUAUCCCGAAUGA